AUAAAUAAUAUAUAAAAAAAAAAAGAUUCCAUAAAAAUAAUGAAAAUUAUUUGAAGAAAUAAAAAAAAGCAAAAAUAAAAUUAAUUAGUGCAGAAAAUUUAAGGAAGUUUUUGUUGUUCUUUUAAAAAUUAAUUGAAUUGCGUUUUUCUUAAUAUUCAAUAUACAUACAUACAUACAUACAUAUACAUUAUGUAUUAAGACGUUCAAUAAUUUAGUUUCCAAUGGAUUUGAUCGAAAAAGAAGAAAAACGAAAAAAAAGAAACGAAAAUUUUAAAAAAAGAAUUGUGUAAAAAUUUUUUUAUUGGGAUGGAGUGAAAAAAAAACAAAACAAAUCAAAUAUGGAUUAAAAAGUUCUUAAUGAGCAAUUAAAAAAAAAAGUAUUGCAAACACAUACACAUACAACCGAAACAAUAUCACAGAUUAAAAAAAAAAAAGGAAUACAUCAAAAUAAAUUUAUAGAAAGUCGUAUAUAUGGUAUUUGUAAAAAGAGAUUCGUUAUUAUUAUAUUUUCAUUAUUAUUAUUAUUUUAAACGAAUGGUCGAACUGAAUGAAAGUUAUAACAAGUUUUAAAUACCAAGGGUAACCAACGAUAGUGAAACUAUAUAAAUGUUAUUUAUGACAGUUACGUAUGCACCCCACGUUUUUAAUUCAAACAGGUAUAAAACAGGUACCUCGAUUAUAUCAACGAACCGUGACUCAAAAUAAUAUAUGUACGUAUAAUAAAUAAUUUGUUUUCAAAAAAUUUUAACUACCAUCAAAAUAAAAAUAUUAAUCGCAUGGAAAUCCUCGUAAACGAUAAUAAAUCACAACAACAGAAAUCAAGAAGAUCAUCAAAAUCAAGCUUAGGUAUGAUAGGCGGAGAUGAUCUUAAACCUUGCCUGCCUGAUGAUUACAUAAAUAGCCAUAAUUUUUUUCAAAGAACUGAAGAAAUCGAUAAAGAAAUGUUAACAAUGCUUUCAAAUAAUCAAGAUAUUGGACCACAUAGAGAAAUGGCUGUUGAUUGUCCAGAUUCAUUUAUAGCAAGUAAUAAAGGCCCUCCGAGAUAUCCACCGCCGCGUCCUCCCCAGCAACAACAGUUACAUUCACAAUCCCAACAACAAAUGAAUCAAAUACACCAUACAAAUAAUCUUAAUUAUAAUCAAACAAAUAAUAACGAUUUAUCAAAACCAGUUCCACCGCCCAGAGAUCAUUUACGUAUGGAAAAAGAUGGUAGAAUGGUUAAUCGUGCACCAGCACCCCAAGUACCAGAUCGUAAAAUUUUAAAUAAUCAGCAACAACCAAUUGGACAAACAAUUGAUCAACCAACAAUAGAACAAUUGGAUAGUAUUAAAAAAUAUCAGGAGCAGUUACGUCGAAGACGUGAGGAAGAAGAGAGAAUAUCGCAACAAAAUGAAUUUUUGCAAUCAAGUUUGAGAGGCUCAAAAAAGUUACGAGCUCUUUUGAAAGACAGUAUAACUUCUUCUACAACAGCUGAAUCACAGCAUCAAACAGCAAAUGAAUUUAUUGGGGUUGAUAACGAUGCAUUUACUGAUGAUGAAGGUAUUCAAAAAAAAUUUACUGAUUAUGGUGAAUUUGUUGCUGCACUAGAACGGCUUCAAUCACAGCUUACUAAAAAAAAUAUGGCUUCAUUAGCCGGCAUCGUUACAACAGCACAGACUUUACUUUUAGAUUCUGGUUUAGCUCAUGCUUUAUCUGUCCGCCAAGCAGUAUUAGAACGUCGAAAGCCCUGUAUAGCCAAUCCCGUUAGUGCCAAUGCUCAAUCCCUAACAAAAGAUGUAGUUGAAUUAUUAAGUCAGUCAAAUUCAACAGCUGCCAUUGAAUUGGGUAAUUUAUUAAUAAGUCAUGAAAUGGAAGGACUAUUAUCAGCACAUGAUAAAAUAGCUUCUAACACUGAGUUUGGUGGUCAACUACCAAAUGGAAAUUACAAAAACUCAGCUGAAACCUUAAGUAAUCAAACACAAAAAGAACACCAAAUAUCUAAUCAACAAAAUCAACCUCUACCAGCAAUCCCAUCACCUACUAAGAAUUCUUCUUUAGCUGCCAAUUCAUCACGUAUGAUUAAUAAUAACAUUUUAAAACGAUCUGACAAUCAGCAAUUAAGCUCGCCAUUCGGUAUUUUAAGUGAUGGUUCUAAAGAUCAUAUACGGAUUAUUCAAAUCGAAAAAUCUGCCGAACCUUUAGGUGCCACAGUUCGUAACGAAGGUGAAGCCGUAGUUAUUGGUCGAAUAAUUCGGGGUGGAGCAGCUGAAAAAUCUGGCUUAUUGCAUGAAGGUGACGAAGUACUAGAAGUAAAUGGUAUUGAAAUGCGUGGUAAGACAGUCAACGAUGUUUGUACGUUACUCAGUUCAAUGACUGGAACGUUGACGUUUUUAAUAGUACCAGCUGGGAUGAUAGUACAGGCAGGGACAGGCCGUGAAUCUGCAAUAUUACACGUUCGAGCGCAUUUCGAUUAUGAUCCAGAAGAUGAUUUAUAUAUUCCAUGUCGUGAAUUAGGUAUUAGUUUUCAGAAAGGCGACGUUUUACACGUAGUAUCCCGCGAAGACCCAAAUUGGUGGCAGGCGUAUCGUGAAGGUGAAGAAGACCAAACUCUGGCCGGUUUAAUACCGAGUCAAUCUUUUCAAUAUCAAAGAGAAACAUUCAAAUUGGCAAUUGCUGAAGAAGCUGGCUUAUCAAGGCCAAAAAAUAAGGACAAAGCUGCAACAUUAUUAUGUGCACGAAAAGGGCGAAAGAAGAAAAACAAAGCAACAUCGGAAGCUGGUUAUCCAUUAUAUGCUACAACAGCUCACGAUGAGCAAGAUGUCGAAGAAAUACUCACAUAUGAAGAAGUGGGAUUAUACUAUCCUCGUGCCACACAUAAACGUCCAAUUGUAUUGAUAGGGCCACCAAAUAUUGGAAGACAUGAACUUGCUCAAAGGUUAAUGUCAGAUUUAGAUCGUUUUUCUGCAGCUGUGCCGCAUACUUCACGAAUGCGUCGUGAUGGUGAAAUUGCAGGACAAGAUUAUCAUUUUAUAACAAGAGCUCAAUUUGAGGCUGAUAUUUUAGCAAGAAGAUUUGUUGAACAUGGAGAAUAUGAAAAAGCGUAUUAUGGAACAUCACUCGAAGCAAUACGUACUGUGGUAUCUAAUGGUAAAAUAUGCGUUUUAAAUUUACAUCCACAAAGUUUAAAAUUAUUAAGAGCAUCCGACUUAAAACCAUAUGUUGUUUUUGUUGCACCACCAAGCUUAGAAAAAUUACGUCAAAUGAAAUUACGGAAUGGUGAACCGGUAAAAGAAGAAAAUUUAAGAGAAAUUAUUGCAACCGCACGUGAUAUGGAAGCUCGAUGGGGUCAUUUAUUUGAUAUGAUUAUAAUUAAUAAUGAUACAGAAAGAGCUUAUCAUGAACUUUUAGCUGAAAUAAAUUCUUUAGAACGUGAACCACAAUGGGUUCCUGCUAGUUGGAUACGUUCAAAUAAAAGAGAUGAAUAAUUAAAAUACAUAUAAAAUAGGAAAUAAAUGGCAGGCGCAGGGAAUUGAUUUAACAAUAAUAACUCAAAGAAAAAAGAAAGAGGAAAAAAAAUUACAAAAUAUAAAAAUAAGGGUAAUUCAUGCAUUGAUUUAAAUUAGUUUUGUAAUUUAGAAAAAUUUUUGCAAAUGUAAGGAAAAUUUUUUGAAAAAAUAACAAUAGCUAUUAUUUUAUACAUUAUAUACAUUAAUAAUUUAUUAUAGAGAGUUCAUUGGAGUUAAUUUGUUUUACUUAUAAAAUAUAGGUGAAGUUCAUAAUUUGAAUGAUUUGUACUUAAUAAUAUGUGUAUUUGAUUUGUUUUUCAUUACAUUCCAAUACAUUUAAAUAAAUAAAUUGUAAAAUGUUACCAGCUAUUAUGAAUUAUCUUUAUUAGUGAUGUAUAAGUUUAAAACGAAAAAAUUAUAUAAUUUUCAAAUAGAUUUAUGAACAACAACAAAAAAAAUGAGUGCUAUAAUAAUUUUUUUUUUUAAUGCUUAAAAUAUGAAAAAUUAAAAAAAUUUUUUUUUUCCUACAUAUUAAUAGGUAAAACUGUUAUUCAUCUAUCGUUCUUCCAUAUAACUCAAUAUUCGAAUACCCUUAAAAAUAUUACAUACAUACUUACUUAUAUAUAUUUUUUCUAAUGUUAAUUAAAUUUAUAGAAAGAUAGUCAGCAAAGCUAUUAUUGUUAUAGUAAUUAAGUACUACAUAUAUUAUUAUUCGAUAUCUCAAAAAAAAAAAAAAAAUGAAAGUGGAACUUUAAGUAUAUAUUUAGAUUUAAUAUAUAAGAAAAA